CAUCAUCAACCUAGUCUCUAGCAAAGGAUAAGUAAGACGAGAAGGCGAAAAAAAAAGGAAAGAAAGAAAGAAGAGAACUAGAGUCAGUUACUCGAACACAUAGAAGGAUAAAGAGAUGGGGACAGUGGAAUCUCCGUGGCCGGAAAAUUCGCCAAUCAACCGAAGAAAGGCGAUCAACGAGCUUGUCCGUGGCCGUGAAUUUACGACCCAGCUUCAAAUUAUCCUCCGGAAUCCCCUCGGAGGUCAUGGAUCCGUGUCGGCGGAAGACCUCCUCCCAAAAAUCUUAACAUCGUUCACUGAGGCUAUUGCGGCACUCAACACCACUGUCGAAUCCGGGGAGGUUUCCCAGAAUCCGGCGAGUACCCAUGUAAGUUCGCCCAGUUGCGGUGACCGGGCGACCGAGGAUUCCGGUGAGAGCAAAAAGUCUACGGUUCUCAAGGAUCGCAGAGGAAGUUAUAAGCGAAGAAAGUUGUUGCAGACAUGGACAAAGCUCAGCGCUACUCCGAUCGAUGACGGCCGUGCGUGGCGGAAAUACGGCCAGAAAGUGAUCCUCAACUCCAAAUACCCAAGGAACUACUACAGGUGUACCCACAAGAACGAUCAAGGCUGCCAAGCAACCAAACAGGUCCAACAAACCGAAGACAACCCGCCCAUGUAUCGGACCACAUACAUAGGCGAUCACACAUGCAUAGACAUGUCAAAGGCUCCCCGAUUCCUCCUGGAUUCUAUCCACAACAACGCUUUUGUGCUCAGCUUUGAACCCGAAGCUCCGAGGAAGCAAGACCAACCCCACCCCUUUUUCUCCUGCUUUUCUCCCUCAAUAAAACAGGAAUGCAAAGAGGUGGAGAUCCCGAGUGACCCGACCCACAAGCAAUGUUCAUCGGAAUACCAUCUUUCCCACGAUGAAAUCACAUUCGGAUCGUCCUGCCCCACAACAGUAUUGCCGUCGACACCCGGGUCGGAUCACGGGGAUGUGAUCUCGGGCGUGUACUCAGGUAGCACCAGCUCUCGCAGUCUGGACAAUUAUUUUGUGGGGAUGAGUGACUUUGAUGACGUAUUCCACUUUGAAGAGGACAUCUUUCAGGUUUCAAUGUAAAGGGAAGUGAAGUGAAGCUUGAAGGAAGGGAUUUUGUCCUUUUUUAGUCUAAUCAGUUUAUAUAAUAUUAUGUAAACCCAUUUACGAGCAGCUUAAUUAAGGUUUGAUUUGAGCGGUGUAGAUGAAUGGCUUUUGGUUGUAGCUGUAAAUACUUGUAUUCUCUGUAAUUUAAAUAAAACCCCGGAACGAGCCACACUCGGCACUGGGUUUUAUGAAUGAGCUUCAUCGUUGUGGAGGUGGGUUAA